AUGUCUACGACCACACCCCAGACGUCCAGUGUGGUACCAGAGCUACCCAAUAACGACAACACCCAUCGAGCCGUAUACCCCCAAUUCAUUUUCUUCGGGGACUCCAUAACCCAGAUCGACGGCAACCCCUCACUGGGCUUCAGCUGCGUCGGCUCGCUCCGCUACGACUACACGCGCCGCAUCGACAUCAUCGCCCGCGGUUUCGCCGGCUACAACACCUCUGACGCACUCAAUGUCCUGCCAAAGUUCUUUCCACAGCCACAGGAAGCGAGGGUGAGACUCGUGACAAUUUUCUUCGGCGCAAACGACGCCUGUCUCCCGCACACCACGGGCCAACACAUCUCCCUCGAGCACUUCAAGCUCAACCUGCAUAAGCUUCUUUCGCACCCCUGCAUCAUUGCACACCGGGACGUCAAAGUCCUGCUCAUCACGCCGCCGCCGGUGGACGAGUGGCAGUUUGACGACUGGGAAGAGCCGGCCAAGUCUGCGCGGAAGGCGGUGAUCGCGCAGGCCUAUGCAAGGGCCGUGGUUGAGGUAGGGGCAGAGAGCGAGACGGCGGUAGUGGAUCUGUGGGGGGCGUGUAUGAGGGAGGUGGGGUGGGAUGGGGGUGAGCAGGUGCCUGGCGAUAGGGGGUUAGGGAGGAGUGAUUUGAGGAAGCUGCUGGUCGAUGGACUGCAUCUUAGUGGGGAAGGCUACACCAUUUUGUGCGAGGAGAUGAAGAUGGUAAUUGCUAGGGAGUAUCCUGAGCUUGUGCCGGAGAAGAUUCCUUUUGCGCUUUGA